AUGAAUCUUUUGGGAGCAGCAUUUAUUUUACUAAAUUCUCUCAUAUGUGGAACCUCGGCCGCUAGGCAGGAAUGUCAUAUUCCGGUGGACAGCUUAAGUGAAAGAAGCAAAGGUGUUAUCCUUAACAAGGAUGGAGAGGAAUUUUCUCUCAAAACACCGAAGUCAGGCGUUUUUAAAUGGAACCUCGAUGAGGAAAUAACAGUUGGUUGCCCGGAAGAUGUUUCAACAAAACCUUGCGAGGUACCUUCUACGAGAAUAGUAAUUGGCUGCGAAUCUUCAACUCAGCCGAGUGCAAAAGUAUCCGAUACAGUUUGUGGUCGAACUAAUGAGGGAAAACUGAUUGACGUGGGAUAUUCCAGUCCCGAUGGCAAGAUCGCUCCAUUCUAUCAGCUUUGCUUCGACGUUAAGAAGUGUUCUGUUAUCUACUCUAAGCACACACUGGAUGGAUCUGCCUUUUCAACUAAAAAAUCCAGAUUCAGGGCGCCAGCACCGAAAGGUUUAUCAAUUUGUGCUUCUUAUAUCAGUUAUUUUUACGAAGAAGCAUGGCAGGAUAGAAACAGAGAUUCGUGGGGACUAAGCCGAGAUCAUUAUUUUCAACGAGCUCCCUUGGUUCCGGAAGUUGAUGGUCCCGUGAAUUCCUGGAAGGGAUUCACUCAUGUUUAUGUUAAUGGUGCUCCUGGUUGGGAUACUGUUGUUGAUGGAAACUGGGCUAAAGUAGCUGAACAGGUCAAUACCUUGGCGCGGAAAAGUAAGAAAUCCUACAGCGUUUAUAGUGGAGUCGUUUAUCCGGAAAACAACAAUCAUCGGCGAUUUCUUGACCGGAACACAAAUGCUAUCGAAAUUCCCCAAUGGUUUUGGAAGGCAGUCAUUCAAGGUGAUGAAGGGAUUGUAUUCUUCGUGUUGAACGACAAAAAUCCUCCUUCAAAAGGGUCCAAACCGUUCUGUUCCGAUAACAAGUGCCAGAAGCUUGGAUGGCAGUUCGAUAAGGCAGAUCCAAAUGGAUUUGUUCAAUGUUGCAGUUAUGAAAGCGACGUGCAGAAAAUUCUUCCAGAAAGUUUAUGA